AUGGAAGCAAGAAAAGCAGGUUCUGGUGUUAAUGGACUAGGUCCAAACCAGGAUGAAAUUUCAAUCAGGGCAUAUGGAAUGCUUUCACUUAACAAUCUUCAUUCUGCCAUUGUGCAACCUGAUGUUGCAGCAAGCAGUUUUGAAUUUAGACCAGUGAAGUUUGACAUGCUGCAAACUAUUGGCCAGUUCAAUGGGUUGUCAAGUGAAGACCCGCAUCUACAUUUGAAGAACUUCAUGGACAUGGCAGACAGCUUUAAGAUGCAAGGAGAUACAUCUAAUGCACUGAAACUGAAGUUGUUUCCUUAUUCUCUCUCCAAUGGAGCUAAGAUAUGGCUUAACACUCUACCACCUAAUUCAAUCAGAAGAUGGGAGGACCUUGCUGAAAAUUUUUUGAUCAGAUUCUUUCCUCCCACCAAGGCAGCUCAAUUGAGGAAUGAUAUAGCAAUGUUCCAGCAAUUUGAUGGAGAAUCACUAUAUGAAAGCUGGGACAGAUUCAAGGAAUUGCUAUGUAGAUGCCCCAAUCAUGGCAUACCUGAAUGGAUCCAGAUGGAAACUUUCUACUAUGGGUUGAGUGGAAAAACUAGAGAUAUAGUAGAUGCAUCAUUUGGAGGAGCUCUCUUGGACAAGACUUACACUGAAGCAUAUGAUAUCCUAGAGAGGAUGGCAUAUAACAAUUACCACCGGCCAGCAGAGAGGUCAAUUGCACUGAAUGAAGCUGCAGGAUUGCUGGAGCUCGAUGCUAUAUCUUCAUUAGCAGCACAUAUAUCCUCUCUGAAUAAGUCAAUAGAGACUCUCAAUCUUACUGCUGAUGCUAGAGCACAACAAGCACAUUCAAUUUAUAAUGCUGUAACAUGUGUUUUCUGUAAAGACCCACAUGUUUAUGAUGAUUGUCCCCAAAAUCCUGAAUCUCUUUGUUUUGUAGGAAAUUAUAACAUGAAUGAUCCAUAUUCAAACACCUACAACCCAGAUUGGUGGAAUCAUCCAAAUUUUUCCUAUUUUGAAGGGCAACAGCAAGGGUCAGCGUAUGCUACAGCACUGCAAGAUCACAGACCACCAUUCCAGCAGCAGCAACAGCAACACCAUUCCAGCAGCAGCAACAGCAACAACAUUACCAGCAGCCAGAACAGCAAGCUGACAACUUUGAUGCGAUGGAGAGUAUGCUAA